CGCGGGGACUGGGAGGCGGAGCGCGCGGCCAGCGCCUCGCCGGCCCCCGGCCCCCCUCCCCGGGGCUCCCGGGUUUUGCUCGCGGCCCUUAGGAAGGACGCGCCGCCGCCCCCACCUUUGCGGGGUGAGUCUCCCCGCGCGCGCCGCUGAUGACUCGUGCUUGAGCUUGGUUCGUGAGAGGAGCCCAGCCUUAUAUGGACUGAUCGCUCGGGCAAUGGCCCAUUUUUUCCUCGCCACCAGCCGCCACCGCGCGCCGAGCGGCCGCCGGAGCCGGAGCUGACGGCACCUUGGCACCCCUCCUGGAGUUACAAACUGAGGCCGCCCGGCGCUGGGCGCGCAGGCCGCCAGCCGCUGCCGACACUUCUGCCGGCUUUCCGAGAAGAGGGGCGCAGGGCGGGCUUGAUUCUUUUCCCUUUCCCUUUCCCACAGUGUCCCCCUCUCAUUUUAAAUAAUAAUUAUCCCAAUAAUUAAAACCCAUCCCCCAUCCCUCCUCCCAAUCCUCCCCUGCCCCCUCCCCCGCCCGCCGGGGGCUGGGGAGCGCCACGAAUUGACCAAGCGAAGCUCCAACUUUGCGGCAUAAAUUGAGGGGUCCGGAACCAUGUCGCUGACCAACACAAAGACGGGGUUCUCAGUCAAGGACAUCCUGGACCUUCCGGACACCAACGACGAGGAAGGCUCGGUGGCCGAAGGGCCGGAGGAGGAGAGCGAAGGGCCGGAGCCCGCCAAGAGGCCCGGGGCGCUGGGGCCGGGCGCCCUGGACGCCGUGCAGAGCCUGGCCCUCAAGAGCCCUUUCUACGACAGCGGCGACAACCCCUACACCCGCUGGCUGGCCAGCACCGAGGGCCUCCAGUACUCCCUGCACGGGCUGGCGGCCAGCGCUCCCCCCCAGGACUCCAGCUCCAAGUCCCCGGAGCCCUCGGCCGACGAGUCCCCGGACAAUGACAAGGAGGCCCCGGGCGGCGGGGGGGACGCCGGCAAGAAGCGCAAGCGCCGCGUGCUCUUCUCCAAAGCGCAGACCUACGAGCUGGAGCGGCGCUUCCGGCAGCAGCGGUACCUGUCGGCGCCCGAGCGCGAGCACCUGGCCAGCCUCAUCCGCCUGACGCCCACGCAGGUCAAGAUCUGGUUCCAGAACCACCGCUACAAGAUGAAGCGCGCCCGGGCCGAGAAAGGUAUGGAGGUGACGCCCUUGCCCUCGCCGCGCCGCGUGGCCGUGCCCGUGCUGGUCAGGGACGGCAAGCCGUGCCACGCGCUCAAAGCCCAGGACCUGGCAGCCGCCACCUUCCAGGCAGGCAUCCCCUUCUCCGCCUACAGCGCGCAGUCGCUGCAGCACAUGCAGUACAACGCCCAAUACAGCUCGGCCGGCGCCCCCCAGUACCCGACAGCACACCCCCUGGUCCAGGCCCAGCAGUGGACUUGGUGAGCGCCGCCCCUCCCAGACUGGAGGCCUUAGGCCCUGGCCCCACCCCGGCGGCGGAGGACUCGAUCCUUUCCACGGUUGUUAUUAUUAUUAUUAUAAUUAUAAUUAUUAUUAUUAGAGAGCCGGGCCUGACGCUCGGCUCGGCCGCCGAGGUGGCGGGAGGCUGCCUGUGCCUCGUCCCGCGGCCGACCCCGCCGGCUCUGCCCCAGCGCGCUCUCUCUCCGCUGAACUUUUGGAGAGGGCAGAACUCUCAGUGUUUACAGAAUGCUUGCAGCUUCGCUUCUCGGCCUCUCCCCGAGAGAGCAUCCCGACGUUAACGUGGUCGCUGGAAAAGAGAGAGGACCAGCCCCACCUCCCCGCCCCGCUCUGCUUUCGUGAAUUUUGUAAAAUACGUUUGUGUGAGUAGCGAUGUUGUCAGCCUUCUAAAGCAAGUGGAGAACACUUUAAAAUAUAGAGGAUUUUUUUAUAAGAAAAUGCUAAAUAUUUAUGGCCACGUACACGUUCUGACAACUGGUGGCAGAUUUCGCUCUUCGUUGUAAAUAUCGCUGGUGAUAUUGCCAAAUGACCUUCUGGAUAGGCCUGGAUCCCAGUCAGGCCUAACUCUCUUUGUCGUUUGUUUUGGGUGGGUUAUGUUUGAGUUGCCUCCGUUUAUUUUAUUUUAUUUUUUUAUUUGUUCAGUGCAAACAUUUUUUCAACUAUAAAGGAAAAAAAAAUGUGUAAGCGAGACACCCCCGGGCCAGUUUUCCGGAUCCUGAGCUCUGGGGCUUGGAACUCAGCAUUUCCGCGGUUCCCCAAGAGCGCCGGGCGCUGAAAGCUUUCAAUUUUUUAAAAUAAGAAUUUUAAUAAAAAUCCUGUGUUAAAAAAAA